CAUCGCGUCACCCAGCUCCAGCUCGCGUCACCCUUGCUCCCUAUCAUCAACCAAGCGACCUUUCGAGUCCCUCUAGGUAGUCAUCGCAGCACCGAAAGAAACCUCCGGCACUGUUUGAGACGUGGGACGAAUUGUUUUCUAUUGCAUGUGCACGUCGAGAUGCCUAGGGAAAUAAUUACCAUUCAGGCCGGCCAGUGCGGCAACAGCAUCGGGAGCCAGUUCUGGCAGCAGCUCUGCCAGGAGCACGGCAUCAACCAGGACGGCAAUCUCGAGGACUUUGCGACUGAGGGCGGUGACCGGAAGGAUGUUUUCUACUACCAGAGUGACGACACGAGAUACAUCCCCCGGGCCAUUCUGAUCGACCUGGAACCCAGGGUCAUCAACAGCAUCCAAACCGGCUCUUACAAGAACAUCUACAACCCCGAGAAUUUCUAUGUGGGCAAGAACGGUGUCGGUGCCGCCAACAACUGGGGAGAUGGCUACCAAACGGGCGAGUCGGUCCACGAGGACAUCAUGGAGAUGAUCGAUCGAGAAGCGGAUGGUAGCGACUCCCUCGAGGGCUUCAUGAUGCUACACUCCAUCGCUGGAGGCACUGGGUCGGGUCUGGGCUCUUUCCUUCUUGAGAGACUCAACGACAGGUUCCCCAAGAAGAUUAUCCAGACGUAUUCCGUCUUCCCUGACACCACCAACGCGGGAGACGUCGUUGUCCACCCUUACAACAGCAUCCUUGCCAUGAGGAGACUCACUCAGAACGCAGACUCGGUGGUCGUCCUGGACAACGGCGCACUGUCACACAUUGCCGCUGACAGGCUACACGUCCAAGAGCCUUCCUUCCAGCAGACGAACCAGCUGGUCUCGACCGUCAUGUCGGCCAGCACAACAACACUGCGAUACCCAGGGUACAUGCACAACGACCUAGUCAGUAUACUGGCGUCGUUGAUCCCGACCCCCAGGUGUCACUUCCUCAUGACAUCCUACACGCCUUUUACUGGCGACCAAGUCGAGCAGGCCAAAACCGUUCGGAAAACAACGGUUCUCGACGUCAUGCGGCGCCUACUGCAGCCCAAGAACCGCAUGGUAUCGACUGUUCCCGGCAAGAAGAGCUGCUAUAUCUCGAUUCUCAAUGUCAUCCAGGGCGAGGUCGACCCCACUGAUGUCCACAAGAGUCUCCUUCGCAUCCGCGAGAGAAAACUGGCAACCUUCAUCCCCUGGGGGCCAGCCAGCAUUCAGGUCGCCCUCACAAAGAGGAGCCCGUAUGUAGAAAUGAGCCACCGCGUCAGUGGUCUCAUGCUGGCAAACCACACCAGUAUCGCAACGCUCUUCAAGAGGAUCGUGAAGCAGUACGAUGGCAUGAGGAAGCGCAACGCAUUCAUGGAAGUAUACAAAAAGACUGCGCCAUUCUCGGAAAACCUGAACGAAUUUGACGAGUCUAGGCAGGUAGUCACCGACUUGAUUGCCGAGUAUGAAGCAGCUGAGGACGCCACCUAUUUGAGCGCAGAAUCGGACCAGCCCACCUCGGCAGAUGCAGACAAGAGGAUGGGUUAGGAGAGGGCUAUGGUUUAUGUAUUUCUGUGCUUCCAUUUUCUCGGUCACUUGGACUCUUAUUGAUACGGUCUUGGUGUGACAGGGACGCGGGCUUGCAAGGAUACCUGCGAUACCUCAGUCGGGGCGUUGGUCUGGACAUCCUCGGGGGUCUGCGGAAACGAAUGAUUAUGACAUGAAUAGAAUCAUCCCAGCUGAGCGUUGCCCGCCCAGAUCUACCACGUAAUGAACCUCAACCACAUCAAUGUGAUGUCAUACCCCAC